AGGUUGUGUCACGGCAGUGGGAGUUCGUCCAAUGGAUGCCUUGUAGGGGCGGGCUCACUCGUCAUGUGAGGAGUACUGACUCGUCAUAGAGACUCGGCUGUGUUUUCGAGGCGCUCUGUGCCCCUGCAUAGCGACGCGAGAAGGUUCUAGAUAGAUUCCAGUAUCGUUUUCGGAUACCUGCUGUGUUGCCCUGAGCCUUUUCUCUUAAAGCUGUGUCAAGUUACAUUCUUGGAUCACGACCCAAAAACUCUACUUCAGCUCGACUAUCAGCUCUUCACUCCGUCGUUGGACGACUAGCGUUGUGUUUAUGUCUUUAUUUUACGGAAACGAGCUGUUGCGCAGCUGUUGGAACGCAAGCGGUGUCAACCUAGACCACGAGCAAGGAACCUGCAGCCUCUGUGGCAAAAUCUUUUUCAUGUCAGAGACCGAGCAAGCUUGCAGUCGUUUAUGUCAUCCCGUCUUCUCCAGACAGAAGAUACCCAAAAAUCCCCAUUCAGGAUCUUUUUAUCUUAGCUUAGCUGAUAGUGUCACAGGUCACUCAAAAUGUCUGUUAACGUCAACCGCAAUGUGUCGGACCAGUUCUACCGCUACAAGAUGCCCCGUCUGAUUGCCAAGGUGGAGGGCAAAGGGAAUGGAAUCAAGACGGUCAUUGUCAACAUGGUUGAUGUUGCAAAGGCACUGAAUCGUCCACCAACAUAUCCAACCAAGUUUUUUGGCUGUGAGCUUGGGGCUCAGACCCAGUUUGACACAAAGAAUGACCGCUACAUAGUAAACGGCUCCCAUGAGGCCAACAAACUACAGGACAUGCUGGAUGGAUUCAUACGCAAGUUUGUGCUGUGCCCAGAGUGUGAUAAUCCUGAGACUGACUUACAUGUUAAUCUAAAGAAACAAACCAUUGGAAAUUCUUGUAAGGCUUGCGGGUAUCGGGGAAUGCUAGACACUCGCCACAAACUGUGCACUUUCAUCCUUAAAAAUCCACCAGAGUGUGAUAGUGGGUCUGUGAAGAAAGAGAAGGAUAAGAAAAACCGAAAGAAGGACAAGGAAAAUGGGUCAGGAAGUGGUGAUUCUGGAAACCAUAAUGAUAUUGAUGCACCAGAUGCUGUGGAUGGUAAUGAAGAUGAUGAGGACUGGGCAGAGGAGACCACCGAGGAAGCCCAGCGUCGGAGAAUGGAGGAAAUCAGUGACCAUGCUAAGAACUUGACACUUUCAGAUGACCUGGAAAAGACCCUAGAGGAUAGAGUCAACAUGUUUUAUAAUUUUGUCAAGCAAAAGAAAGAAAAUGCCACAAUAAACUCUGCAGACAAGGAUAUUCUGGCCGAGGCAGAGCGUCUGGAUGUGAGAGCAAUGGGCCCACUCAUCCUUAGUGAACUACUCUUUAAUGAAAACAUCAGAGACCAGAUAAAAAAAUAUAAACGCCACUUUCUACGUUUCUGCCAUAAUGACAAGAAGGCUCAGAAAUACCUGCUGGGUGGAUUUGAGUGUUUGGUGAAGCUUCACCAAGCUCAGCUGCUGCCUAGAGUUCCAAUCAUACUGAAGGAUUUGUAUGACGCAGACCUGCUGGAAGAGGAUGUCAUUCUCUCCUGGGCUGAAAAGGUGUCCAAGAAAUAUGUCUCUAAAGAGCUUGCAAAGGAGAUCCAUGCAAAAGCUGCUCCUUUUGUCAAAUGGCUAAAGGAGGCAGAAGAAGAAAGUGAGGGAAGUGAAGAAGAGGAGGCAGAUGAUGAGAAUGUAGAGGUUGUAUACUCUUCCUCUGCCCGGGAGCUGAAAGUGGAGACCGUUCAACCAAAGAAAACUGAGGAGGAAGAUGACCUUGACAUUGAUGCCAUUUAAAGAAAUCUUUGGCAACCAGUGUUGAUUUAUCCAGCUUCCUUAAUUUACAAAAUAAUCUGAAUAAUACUAGUAGCCCUCUUUUCAGUCCCUUGCUCUAAUUUUCCAUGCUUUAAUCUUUCGCUAUUUUUUUUUUUUUUUUUUUCAUUUCUUCUAAAGAAAUUAGAGGCAUGUUUUAAAAUGGCGCUUUCACUGUCUUGAUGCUAAACUGUUGUUAAUUUUCUCUCUACUGAAAAAAUUGUGACUUUGACCUUCUUUGGUUGAUGGAUAUAUCUAAUCACCUAAGAUGCACAGUUGGUUGUGAUGUUUAAAUUUCUUUAAUCAUUUAAAUAAAGGAUGCAUUCUUGUUACUUAUACUGAUAUUUGUGGUGUCUGAAAGAUUUUGUUUGUAAUUGCAGCCUGUUAACUGUCUGAUUACAAAGAAUUAAAGAAAAACUAACUGCA